CUCGGUUAACGUCUGUGCAUGAUUCAAGACAACCGCAUGCAUGCCAUGAUAAACUGUAUUUGGUGCUUGCAUCGCCCAUCAAUCCUUCGCUCUCUCAUCUAUGCUCUCGGUGGGCUCGCUAUGUCCGCUCAAAUAGAUCUCACGUCAUCACGAUUCACGACCUAUGAUGACACGCGAGAUCGCGGACGUGGCUUACAAACAUACUCGCCUCGCUGUAUAACAACGCAACCUUUGUGCUCCUUCCAUAGCCGCUUGCAACAAUGGCGGCUCCUUCCAAGACGCGCGAAUACCGCCUGCCAAAGCCCGACAGCAUACGUUGUCUGACAUUGCAAGAGGCCCCGCUGAGCGGACCCAAAUCGACGGAGGUCCUUGUGAAGGUCCAUGCCGUCUCUCUCAACUACCGUGACAUCAUGAUUGCGAAGAACCAGUAUGCCAUAGGACAGAAAGAGAACCUCGUGCCGUGCUCAGAUAUGGCGGGUGAGAUCAUCGCGCUCGGGGACCAGGUGGAGGGAUGGAACGUCGGAGAUAGCGUCUGCGCCAACUUCCGCGUGGACCACAUCUUUGGCGACGUGACGGACGACAUCAAGGGCUCUGCGCUCGGAGGAUCCAUUGACGGAGUCUUGACCGAGUAUAAGACCUUCCCGGCUCAUGCAUGUUUCGCAUUUUUGUGUUCAUUGAACGUCGCUAAGUCGCUCGUGCGCAUUCCGCCGCAUCUCUCAUACGAGGAAGCGUCUACGCUGCCCUGCGCUGCAGUGACCGCCUACAACGCCCUCAUGGGAUCCGCCCCCAUGAAAGGAGGUGAUACCGUCCUCGUACAAGGCACAGGAGGCGUGUCCAUCUUCGGACUGCAAUUCGCAGUAGCUUCGGGCGCCACCGUCAUCGCGACCUCGUCAUCAGACCAGAAGCUCGAGAUUGCCGCCAAGCUGGGCGCGCAUCAUCUCAUCAACUACAACAAGACGCCGGACUGGGAUAAGGAGGUCAUGAAGAUCACGAACGGACGAGGCGUGGACCAUAUCCUCGAGGUCGGCGGCGCAGGGACGCUGGUGAAGUCUACCAAUAGCGUGCGGUAUGGGGGAACAAUCACCAUGAUAGGCUCUCUGGCUGGGGCUGGCGACAUCGAUAGUGUGCCCCGGGGAGUGCACAACAGGGCGGCCUUCCUGCGCGGCAUCCGCAUCGGCUCUCGCAUCCAGUUCGAAGCGAUGAACAGGCUCAUCUCCGCCAACGGGAUCAAGCCGAUCGUCAACAAGGUGUUUAGCUUCGACGACGCCAUAGCCGCUUACGAGUAUUUGGAGAGUCAGAAGCAUGUGGGGAAGGUUGUCAUUCGAGUCUCGAAGGAUUGA